AUGUUUUACUCAACAUUCCUGAGCCUCGGAUUAUCUCCCGCUCAGCUUCGGACAGCAUCCACUCCCCUUGUUAGCUUCACUGGAGCCCCGGUUUGGCUGCUCGGCUUGAUCACUCUUCCUGUGCGGGCGGGGUCAAGGGUUCUCGAAAUUGAAUUUGUGGUGGUCGCUUCUCCCAGUCCAUACAAUGUCAUACUCGGCCAAACCUGGUUGCAUGAAAUGAAGGUAAUCGCUUCUACCUAUCACCAGGUGGUCAAAUUUAUUGGAUGGAAUGGACGCCAAGAAAGCCUCCGAGGGGAUCAAAUCCAAUCAAAGAAAUGCUCCAUCAGCACUGUCACAAACAAACAGAGCUGUAUGGAGGUGCAAUGCGUGGAAGCCACUCCCGUUCCUAUAAUUGAAGAUGUUGGAGUGCCGGCCGAACGAAGAUCUACCGAGGAGUUAAUACGCUUCUCAAUCCCUGGGGGCAAAGGAAGAUAUUUUUUAAUUGAGAAUUCUCUGAGCAUUGCCAAACGCGAGGAGAUGUAUGACUUCCUGAUGAGGAACAUUGAAGUUUUUGCUUGGACACCGCAGGACAUGCCGGGUGUGGAUCCUUCGUUCGCCAUGCACUCAUUGAACGUCGAUCCAAGUAGGCGGCCGGUGGUUCAGAAAGUCCGACGCUCGUCUAGCGCACAUAUCGAAGCUGUAAUGACAGAAGUGGAUCAAUUGUUGGAGGCAGGCGUCAUUCGGGAAGUCCUAUACCCCACCUGGCUUGCCAAUCCGGUGGUUGUGCCGAAGAAAAAUGGGAAGCUGCGGGUUUGUGUGGAUUAUACGGACCUCAACGACACCUACCUUAUGGAUAGAUUCCCCCUCCCUCGGAUUGAGCAAAUGGUGGACGCAAUGACAGGAUGCGAACACCUGAGCUUUAUGGAUGCAUAUCGAGGCUAUCACCAAAUAGCUUUGGAUUCGGAAGAUCAGGAGAAGACGACCUUUAUUUCUCCUCGGGGCACUUACUGCUACAAGGUCGUUCCGUUCGGCCUGAAGAAUGCCGGGGCAACCUUCCAACGCUCCAUCACAAAAAUGUUUCCCGGAAUGCUCGGCAAAACAGUGGAAGCUUAUAUCGAUGAUCUGGUUUGCAGAAGUACGUUUGCUCGGGACCACCUUCGGGACUUGGGAGAGGUUUUUGCUGUUCUGAAGCGGCGGAAGUUGCGCCUCAACGUUGAGAAGUGUGCAUUUGGUGUAAGUUCGGGGAAGUUCCUCGGUCACAUCGUGAGCCGCCGAGGAAUCGAAGCUGAUCCCACACAGAUCCAGGCCGUGCGAAAUCUCCGAGCUCCCACUACUAUCAAAGAAGUACAACGACUUACAGGAAUGGUGGCUGCCUUGAACCUCUUCAUCCGACAUUCGGGAGACCUUUGCCGUCCAUUUUUUCAAGCAAUCACUACUAGCCGACGCAGAUUCGUAUGGACCGAUGAGUGCGAGCAGGCUUUGCAAUCUUUAAAGCAAUACCUGUCCCACGCUCCUUUGCUCGUCAAGCCCCUACCCGAUGAAGAUCUAUAUCUCUACCUUGCUGUUUCUGAUCAUGCGACGAGCGCUGUUCUUGUUCCGGAAGAGGGGAUGGAGCAUCAGCCAAUUUUCUAUUCCAGCAAAACGAUGACAGACUCUCAAACGAGUUUGAGCCUCGGACCGCUAUCAAAGGACAGGCUUUGGCCGACUUCUUUGCCGAACUCACUCCAAGAUUGCAAGACGAAGCCAACACCUUGGCCACCGCUGCUGAAGAAGCUCAGAUUCUGGAAGAAGAGGUUUUGGAAGGACCAACGACUGACCGUCGAUGGAGCUUCUAAUGUUCACGGGGCUGGUGCGGGCAUCGUCCUUGUGUCAUCAAGCGGGACUGUACAUGAAAGCGUGGUCUCGAUUGGGUACACGGCGACGAACAACGAGACGGAGUAUGAAGCUUUGAUUGCAGGCCUCCAACUUGCUCUUUGGCUGGAUGCAGAUUCGGUUCAUGUCUUUUGUGACUCUCAACUCAUUGUGGGUCAUUUAAACGAUGAUUAUCAAGCCAAAGAUCAACGUAUGAAUGCUUACGUAAGCCACGUAUUGGCUCUGUUCGGACGGUUUGGACGAGUAGAAGUGGAAUGGAUCGCUCGGGAACAUAAUGCACAUGCUGACGCCCUGGCAGGUCUCGCUUCGGUUUACAAGACCUCGGGCAGUCGCACUAUUACCUUUGACGACGUCAUCAAACCGAGCUUCGAACAGCCGUGUGAACAGGUCAUGGCCGUCUCCCUCGGACAGGGUCAACUGGAUCCAGUGAUUGAUUACUUGAAGAACCAGGUGUUGCCACCGAACAAGCGCGAAGCGUACAAACUCCGUUGCCGAGCGGCCAAUUUUUUCCUGGGUCCGAACGACAAUCUAUACCGACGAACUUUCACUGGCCCCGAUCUACGUGUCGUCCACGACGACCUUGUGCCAGUCGUUCUGGAGGAACUCCAUUCGGGAAGCUGUGGGACGCAUUCAGGAGGACGGUCCCUUGCACAGCGUGCUCUGACGCAAGGCUAUUGGUGGCCGAAGAUGGUCAAGCAGUCCGAAGAAUACAUGAAGCUCUGUGUUCGGUGCCAAAAGCAAGCAUCUCUUAUCCACCAGCCUGCCUUCCCCCUUAAAAUGAUCACUAGUCCGUGGCCGUUCGCGGUUUGGGCUUUUGACAUAGUAGGCAAGAUGCCGAAGGCUCCUGGAGGAUUUGAGUAUAUGCUCACUGCAACAGAUUUGUUCACCAAGUGGGUUGAAGCUUCCCCCAUGAUCAAGACCACCGCAGGUGACGUGGAACGUUUUAUUUGGAAGCACAUCAUCUCGAGGUUCGGUAUACCGUACGCCAUCCUUUCAGACAAUGGCUCCCAGUUUGUCACGUCCGCCCUCAAAGCUUUUUAUGCAAAGCGCCACAUCACGAUCCAUAAUUCCUCGGUGGCCUAUCCUCAAGGUAAUGGACAAACCGAAGCAUCUAACAAGAUCAUCACUCGGGGGCUGAAGCAGCGUCUGGAUAGGAAGCUCGGUAAGUGGGUGGAAGAGCUCCCACACGUUUUAUGGGCCUACCGUACCACACCCCGGCGGUCCACAGGUCGGACUCCAUUUGCUAUGGCCUACGGUAUGGAAGUCGUCCUCCCUUUGUCUACUAUGAUCCCUACGGCUCAAACGGAGAAUUUGCAUCCUGUGGACAAUAAUGCACUUGUGGGUGCUGAGUUAGACUUCGCUGAAGAACUACGUGAUAAUGCUAACCUCCGGCACGCCGCGUAUCAGCAAGAAGUUGCAAGGGGCUACAACCGCAAUGUUCGCGCUCGUCCAUUUAACGUCGGGGACUUAGUCCUUCGGAUGGUUAUCGAAGCGUCCAAGCUAACCAAGCUGAAGGAUCCCUAUGAAGGACCUUACUGA